CAAGUAUUAAGUCAACGCCUUGUUUACGUGUAAAAGAACUUAACCGGUUUUAACACACGUCGAGACAAUGACAAGAAUCAGUCAUGUGUAGACAGGUAGAGGACACGUUGUCUAAACAGUAAAAUGUAGGUUUUUAAACACAAAUAUGAAUAUCAAAAUGUUAUCUUUUAGUUGUUCACUAGUUUUAUUCGCAAUUUUAUUAAAUUGCACUGUGGCGUAUACUAUCAAAAACAAAGAUUCAAAGGCUGAGAUUCAUUUUAAUCGACAAUUUAAUAAAGAAGAUAGUUCUCAAGAAACUAACGAUCGUCAUGAUACUAAAGAAUAUUUAAAUCCCAAUUGUCGCAACACUACAUUAAAUACUCAUCAAAUUUUCUCCACAUAUUUAUCUAAUCCAAUGGAUAAAAUAAGAAACUAUAAAUCAAAAAAAAUACUAAAACUCGGUGAUAAACAAGUAUUUAGACGUAACAACUCAAUCAUUCCUCUUCAAAAAGAUGAUUAUGAAAGACAUUCGAAUAAUGUUGGUAAAAGUGAUGUAGCAAUUAUACAAAACGUUGAUACUUCAAAACAGAAAACGUCCAUGAUUGACUUUCAUCAAAGACGACCUCAUACAGACCAGUCUAGCAAUGAAGUACCUCUCAUACAUACAGGAACGCCACAUACGAGAAUAAAACGUGCUCCUAAAAAACCUUCUGGCUUUGUGCCUCCUGGCCUCGCCAAGCGACAACCAGGCUAUGGCCCUUCAGACAGUGAUAGGCCUCACAAAGGACCUCCUUCACACGCAGGACCUCCUCCUAAUAGAGGGCCUCCAUCUCACGCAGGACCUCCUCCUCACGCAGGACCUCCUCCUCACGCUGGACCUCCUCACAACAAAGGUCCUCAACAAAAUAUUGGAAAUCCUUCGCCUGAGACAAUUUACUUUAAUGAAGGAACAAACAAACCUCCACAGAACACCAACUACGCUCCCGUUGAUAACCGUGUCAUGGAUGGUGAUCAAAAUCUAAUAAUAAUCCCAACAAAUAUGAAUGUUAAUGGUAAUAAUCAAGAAAUGUCAAAUCUUCAAACGAUAAGGCCACCGAUCUACUGGUUUCAAGCCCAACCUGUUACACCAGAGGAGUAAUAACAAUGACUUUUCAACCAAUCCAAUAUAUAUUUGCGACAUAUAAAAUUUUUACAAUAAAAACAUAAGAUCAAACAAUUUUUUUUUAAUAUAUAAAAUGUGCAACUUACAAAAAGAAAGGUUAUCGUCUAAAGGCUAACUAUUCCUUUAUCGUAUGACCUGCAACUUUAUUUAGAGAUUAUGUACAAUAUAUAAAGUUGAAUAUUGUAAAGUACGCUAGUGUUCAAUGUGUUUUCAAUGAUACAAGUCCAAUUAAUAUAAUAAAGUUCAUAAUUAUGUACGUGUUUAUUUUUGUUUCAACUUUUAUGAUUAACUUCGCCCUUUAUCAAGCCGGACCACAAAACUAUGCAAAUCAAGGAUUUAAGGAAAAUGGUCCACCAUCCCCACAAAUUAACUACUCUAAGUCAACAAACGAUAAUAAAAAUCGACAUGAAAGAGAAAGUCUCUACACGAAAUACUUUGAUGGAGAAAAAGAAGUCGUAAAUGUUGGAAACGGAAAUAAUAAAAAUAAUGUCUUCUAUAUAGGUGAAAGUCCCAGCGUCAAUUCAGGAUCUAGUAUAAGCACAGACAGUAACAUUGCAAGGAGACCAAAUAAUUUUAAUCAGUCACCAGCUAAUUAUUAUCCUAAUCCCCAAGAAAUGCCCAAUUUAGGUAAUCGAUUUGGUAGUAACGAACCGAGGAGAGAUAUAACUCGUAUCAAUAAUAUUGGAAACGGAAUGACUAAUAGUCACACAUUUUUCAUAAGUGAUCUUGAUGGAGAUGCAAGUUCCGUAAAAGUUUUUUCAUCUAGUAAUAAUAAUAAUCAACGACCAAAUACUCAACAAAGAGACUAUCAUCCAAAUACUAGCAAUGUUAACACUAAUAUACAGAGAAAUUUUAAUGUAGGUACCACUUUUAGGAAUAAUAGAUUUGACCGUGGACCAAACAGUCAACCUAUACAACCAGAUUUGGUGCCAAGUAUAAAUAACAAUGCUAACACAAAUGUACAAAGACAUUUUAACGACGGUCCCACUGAUACGUAUAACGUAUUUGGCCAUGGACAAAAUAAUAAAAAUUUGGUUAUUACCAAUGGUAAUCCUGUACAAGGUUUCGGCCCGAAUGUAAAUAACUAUGGUAAUACAAAUACACUAAGAAAUUUUGAUGAGGGUAAUCAUGCUAUCCCGACCAAUACUUACACUUAUAACAGAAUAGGUAAUGGACUAGGUAACAAUAAUUUGUUUAUUAUCAACGACAAACCUGUUCCACCAGAUUCCAGAACAGGUGUUAUUUACAAUGAUAACGUAAAUGGCCGAAGAAAUUUAAAUCAAGGAGCCAAUUUUAAUAAUAAAGGCACAACUAAUAUUCAUACCUACACUAGAAUCGGUCAUGGGCCAAAUAACAGGAAUAUGGUUAUAAUGAAUGGCGAAACUAUAUAUCGUUCAGAUGCAGGUAUCAGUGUAACAAAUACAGAACGCCGCGGGCAAGGCGAUUCGACCCCCUGUUAUCUAAAGAGUACAUGUCCUAAGCCUUUUAUGGAUUCAGGCGCUAUAAAAAGAAAAAUCGAAAAAGAACUUGAUCAUGUACUUGAUUUUACAACCACCUUAAGCAAUUUUUUUAAAUAUCUAUCUAGACUCGGCUAGAGUACUGAUCAAUCAGAAAAAUGUACUAAAAAUAUAUAAUUAUGAUCAUUGUA